CUCUCCCCCUCUCGUUCUAGAAAAACCCCUUCUUUCGUCUUAGAGCUUAGAAGGGUUCUACGCAAAACCCAUGGCCAUGGCUUUGAGAACCGCGGCGGCGGCGGCGCCUCGCGGCUUGAGGCGUUUGUUCUCGACGAUUUCAAAUCCAGCCAUCAACUUUCCUCCGUCGGCUGCCACGUCUGCUCAGCAGCGCGAAACGCGCGAGCCCAGCACCAACCUAUUCGUCUCCGGGCUUAGUAAGCGUACUACUACAGAAAAACUUCAGGAAGCCUUUUCCCAGUUUGGUGAAGUAGUUAAUGCUAGGGUGGUGACUGAUAGAGUGUCGGGAUAUUCUAAGGGCUUUGGUUUUGUGAAGUAUGCUACUCUAGAUGACGCUGCAAAAGGUAUAAAGGGCAUGGAUGGACAGUUUCUGGACGGUUGGGUUAUAUUUGCAGAAUAUGCAAGACCCAGGCCACCGCCUGGCCAACCUGAGAACAAUGUGGCUACUCCAUAUAGCCGUCAGUGACUCCUUUGUUAAAGGGAACAAGUUUGUCAACCAUUGAAGUGGCUUGGCCUGCGAACAGCAUUUAUGGAUACCAAGGUUCUGUCUUUUUAAAGUGACAGCAUGGUUGUCUUCUAUUGCGGAGGAGUUUUUAUAUUGUGGGAGGUUAACCUUAUAUGCGAACUGAGAAGAUUGAACUGAGACAUAUAUGGAUUCUUAAUUGUUGUAUGUUGUGACUAUCAUGUACCAGAUUAUAGUUUGCUAUAUUUAUAAACAUUUUGCCCAUCUUCAUGGUUAAUAA